AGCCAUAUGUUCCAACCGCUGCUUCCUCCAAUGUCUUACACCGCCGGGAACGCUCCUUCCGGUGGUAGGAGGUACACCACCAGCGGUGCAUCGCCGGCACAGUACCACUCAUCAAGGCAACUACUCCCCAAAUCGCGGGUCCAGAGAGCGGUUCCUGGUGACGGGAGCGAAGGCUUGGGAAGCGGUAUAAGGCAACAGUUGUAUAAAACCAAAUUUUGCCGUCACUUUAUUCGAGGAAGCUGCAAGUAUGGUGAAGAUUGUACCUAUGCUCAUUCUAUAGAGGAGCUCGCCGCACGUCCAAACUUCUACAAGACUAAGAUCUGUACGAGGCCCAACUGCAACGACCCUGACUGCCAAUAUGCUCAUUCUAUAUAUGAGCUACAAGACUUCUAUGCUAAGGAGGCUGAUAGGAUCUGUCCAAGUUUUCUUGCGGGUCAAUGCAAUGACAGUUCGUGCCCGAUGUCUCACAAUCGUACCCAGGCGAGCGAGAUGAUGUUGGCUCAGUGCUUCAAUUUGAUGAAGUCUAAUACAGACCGAACAGUUGCAGCACCACAGCAUUCUUCUCCUAGCCUUCAAGUGGUCUCCUCUGCAGAGUCUAGCAGUUCGCAUAGCGAUCCUCGUUCUGCCGUGAACCCGCUUGCCCAAGAUACUUCUUUAGAAUCCUUGUUGAGCUCAUUCCCUUCGCUUUCUGGGUAUGAAUAUCGCUCUCGAUACGAUGUUUAACACCAUUCCGUGAUCAGGUGUCUCAAUCAUUUUCCCCAUAAAAUUGGUUAGUUAGAUUGUGAUAUUUGGUACUGGAUUCUUAUGAUCUUCUGUCUACGACCUAAAUAUACUUUUCGUAACAUUUCAUAUUAUCAACGUGGCCGCUUCCGUUGCCACGCAGGCGAGCGUUGGAGAAUAUUACUGCUCGUCACUCUUUCAUGCGCGUAAACUUAGUAUUACGCUCGAGGCAUUUUAUAUUGGCUAUAAAGUAUAGCGAGUGACUGUAGGUUGAAGCUCUAUCUCGUUAACGACCCUCUACAGAAGUUUACACCCAGAAGGCAGUAGAACUAUCAAGCCGUGGUUGGGCUGUCUCUUUGUCUACACUGCUGUAACUCCCAACAACUUUUGCUCCAUAUGGUCAAUUAUUUUCUAAAAUGUAUGUAAGUUUCCACCUGAAUUUCAGCGAGCUAGGUUGAGAUUCGACGGAUACUCACUACAAGGGGGCCUAUUCUGACAAAGUUUUCUCC